AUGGACUGGGAAACUGGACCUAGAUUCAUCCUCCCCUACACCUAUCUCAACGAUCUCUGCCAGGAGGAAGUGGUCACACCACUCUCCACAGCAUUUCAACUUCACAACAAGCUCUCAGAGGAAAAAAGGAAGGAAGGAUUUUCCACAUCAGCUACCUGUUUCAAACUUCAUGGGUUUGACUUGGAAGACAACUUGGAUGACUGGAGUGAUCUAGAUGGCCCCAAAAAGCCAAGUACAGGAGAAGGAGGAGGUUGGUCAGACAAGGAUCUCGAAGAUAUCUUGGGAGACGGGGAAUACAAACCUGACAAGAAUAAAGAGAGAUGGGACCACAUCACCACUACUACAGCGAGAAGGCCAGGAACAACUAGAGCACUGUCAAAUCCUACGGAACUUGAUGGAUUUGACUUGGAAGACUCCUUGGAUGAUUGGAACGAUCUAGAUGGCCCCAAAACACCAAGUACAGGAGAAAGAGGAGGUUGGUCAGACAAGGAUCUUGAAGAUAUCUUGGGAGACGGGGAAUACAAACCUGACAAGAAUAAAGGUAGGAAUGUUGCUUUGUCUGGCAACACAUGGAUUCUCCUUAAAAUGCUAACCAUCCAGCCGCCAGGCAAACAUGUCACUCUCAGCCUCUGGCAAAUCAGGCUUCGACAUGUGCACUUGUCAUGUGCAGUGGGCUCUCACUCUUGCGGGUGGGGGCUCAUUUGUGAGCCAUCCUGGGAUGCUACCCAUUUGCUCUGUUGCUCUUUAAGCCUGAGCUGGUGUCCCCACUACCUAGGUGCACCACGUAAGCCAGUUUUCCAUGCAGUGCAAGGGUUUAAACUUAACAUGGCACACAUUUUAAAGAAGCCCCUAGCAAAUCAGAUGUUCACAAAAUUCCUUUGGAUUCCAUUUCCCCUUCCCAGGGGAAACACUUCCCUCCUAUUAGAUCCCAGGAAGUGGAAACUCUCCUUGGGGUGUAUCGUGUGAGCAAAGAAACUAUUUUCAAUUAAAAAGACAAAAAGUUGGGGGAGGGGAAGGGGAGGGAAUGGGGGCUGAUGUACAGGAAGGGGGCAAGGGGAAUAACAUCUGAAAUGUAAGUAAAGAAAUAUAUCUAAUAAAAAAUUAAAAAAAGAAAAAUUAAUACAAAAAGCAAUUUAUAAAAAAAUUAUCUAAUGAAAAAUUAAAAAAAAAAAAAGACAAAAAGUCGCACAUCGUUCCUUGCUGGUGGGUCUGAGCCCCGAGGCCUGUUUAUCAGUUGAUAGAAUCCAUUCUUACCUUAAAGAUCAUGGGAGCUUUGCUACUUUGCAACAGAAUUUCAAGGUAGCCAUCCCUGAGGUUUAACUGUGUUUAAAUGUGUAGGAAAAUUAAACCACAGGAUCAGACUGUCUAGAAUUUUCAAUCCAGUCUGACACACAAAACAAAACACAAAACAAAAACAACCAACUGAAAAAAAAAACAAACCAAAAGUCCUUAAUAUUAAAAAAAUAAUGUAGCACCGGUCAGAGUUUUAAAAUGGUUCAGGAAGACUCCUACAGAAUCUUCACCCAGCCUCCCCCAAGGAGCCUCCAUUGUAGAACUAUAGAGAUGGUUGUUCUAAAUCGGAAGUUCUUAUCUGUGAAAUAAAGUCACCUAUUGAAGUUGUUAUCUGUGAAAUAAAGUCACCUAUUGACAUUUUGGAAAUUAUGUUAGAUCUCAUUGUUUGUGUGUGUGUGUGUGUGUGUGUGUGUGUGUGUAUGCAUGUGUGUGUAUGUCUGUGUGUCUGUGUGUGUGUCUGUGUGUAUCUAUGUCUCUGUGUGUGCACCUAUGUGAAUGUGUGUCUGUGUGUGUGUGUGUGUGUGUCUAUGUCUGUGUGUGUGCCUAUGUGUGUGUGUGUAUGUCUGUGUGUCUGUGUGAGUGUGUGCCUCUGUGUGUAUCUAUGUGCAUGUGUGCCUGUGUGUGUAUGUGUGUCUGUGUCUGUGUGUGUGUGUGUGUGUGUGUGAAAUUUUAUCACAUGUGUAGAUUUCAAUAGCUCUUAACACAACCAGGGAGAGAUUAUCAGAAAAUCUCUUCUGCAUGCUGCCCCAAGAACAGUCAUGUCCUUCCCAAGCCUCAUGUUUGCAGUUUCCACAGCUGUUUGUGACUGAAACCUUUCUUCACACAUCUGUCAGAUGGGAUCUUAAGCUUGGAUGGGGUGAGAUGUCUGAGGCUUGUGUGGUGAAGUUCAUCCUGUUGGAACCCAUAGGUGUCACAUGCCACAGUUGUGACCUUUCAAAUAAUCACUUUUGACAAGAUUUUGGAAUGUUGUGACGUUUGAAACGCUUUGUUUAUUAUUCAAUGUUAUGAUGGACAAAUUGUAGCAGGGUCCAGAGAAUUCAAGCUUUGAGUCCAUCAAGACCCCUCUUUCCAAGUCCAGGCUGAAGUUGAGCAUUUGCUUCAUUCUUGCAAGCGCUGUGCCUUGCAUAUGGGAACAGUGUUCUGUUGCUUAAAAUGGCCUGCAGUCAUGUUUGUCCCCAGAAACACCUUUCCAGAUAGUGUCAUCUCGAGGAAAAAGCCAUAAAAGCCUCUAAGUUAAACUUCCAGGGGUCAGGAGGACAUGGAGCAUUUAAAGGGUGACAAUUGGUAUUUCCAGAUGGGGAGAGAAGGGCAGGGGUUACCUCUGUAAGUGUGCACGGGAAUGAAAGCCUGAGUGACAGGCUGGGGGCUUCUCUUCAUUAAAUGUACUUGUUUUAGCAAGGAAGAGGUGUCCGGAAAUUCUUUAAUUGGGCUCACAUUGGAGCUCAUCUUGUAAAGAAUAAUUAAUUGUUGGCUACGGUUACUCCCUCCGUCACCCAUCACUGUAAGUGUCGGAAAAGAAGAUCAAAGGGCGACACGGGAGCACGGGUGACAUUCACAGACACCGUCCCUUCCACUGAAAACCAAGCUCAUGAUGGGGAGGGAAGGGGAAGCGUCACAUAAUUUCCAUACAUUAUAAACUCAAUUAGCAAACUUCCUCGACUCAAGUCUUUACAACGUAGCUUCAGUCGUUCUGGGGUGGAUUUGUCAAGUAAUAUGUUAUCCGUUGUGUAUUUUUUCCUCAAGACAACAUUGUUGACACACUGCGAGUGUGUACCUGAGUCCUCCAGCAUUUCUUUUUUUUUUUUUUUAAAGUUAAAAAUUCCUUAAUUUUUUAUUCCUGGUACCACUACCACAAUUUACAGGGCAAUAUACCUGAUGUAAUGAAAAGAAAAAGAAAAAGACAAAGCUACAACAGAUAAAAGACCUCAGGAAUGUACAUCUAAUUGACACUACAUUGCAUUAAUCGAUAGCUGCACUUUUGCAAACUGUGGCUAUGACAGUCCUGAACAAGGAGGGCUUCCUGUUUAAGCUGCAGUAACUUUUCUGACUAUGGAUCAUCGUUCCUUCUGUGGCAGAUUUUUACAGUUCCUCUAAUGCAUUUAGGACGACUGUCUCAAAGUAACCUGCAACUUUCCUGACAACUCCUCGCUCUCUCUCCUGCUAAGAACUGUAGCCGUUUGUUUGUUUUAUUUUAAAACCUUCUGCUACCAUAUCCACCACUUCCACCUCCAGAUCCAUAGCCACCACCAUAGGGACUGCCUGAGCUUCUUCCACCAAAACUGCCCCCCUUCAUGGGUCCAUAAUUAGAUUGUUGCUGUCCACUAUAAUUUCCAAAGUCAUUAUAGUUCCCACCACCACCAUAGUUACCUCCACCAAAAUUUCCUCCUUCAUUGUAACCAUCAUAUCCUCCUCCUCCACCACCAUAUCCACCACCUUGGUUUCCAUAUCCUGGUCCACCACCUCCAUAACCUCCUCUACUACUGUAACCAGGACCACCACCAUAGUUGCCACCAUCACCUCCAAAUCCAUUAUAUCCACCAUCACGACCUCCAUAACUGCCUCUGCUGCCACCACCUCCACCACCAUAGCCUCCUCUUCCACCAAAGUUUCCUCCACGCCCAAAGUUUCCUCCGCCACCACCAAAGUUUCCUCCACGUCCCAUAAAGUUGCCAGAUCCACCUCCACGACCUCUCUGUGAUCCAGCAGACUGCAUCUCUUGUUUAGAAAGGGCCUUUUUCACUUCACAAUUAUGCCCAUUAAUAGUGUGGUAUUUCUGAACAAUUUUAUCAACUGUGUCAUGAUCAUCAAAAGUUACAAAAGCAAAUCCUCUCUUUUUCCCACUCUGCCUAUCUUCCAUAACUUCUAUGGUUUCAAUCUUGCCAUACUUUUCAAAGUAGUCUCUCAGAUAAUAUUCUUCUGUAUCCUCUUUAAUACCACCAACAAAAAUCUUCUUCACCGUUAAAUGGGCACCAGGCUUUAGAGAAUCCUCUCUAGAAACAGCUCUCUUUGGUUCCACCACACGUCCAUCAACCUUGUGUGGCCGAGCACACAUUGCAGCAUCCACCUCUUCGACACAAGAGUAGGUCACAAAACCAAAGCCUCUGGAACGUUUUGUUUGAGGAUCUCUCAUUACCACACAGUCUGUAAGUGUGCCCCAUUUCUCAAAAUGUUCUCUUAAGCUGUCAUCUGUUGUUUCAAAGCUCAGACCACCAAUAAACAGCUUCCUCAGCUGCUCUAGUUCCUUUGGAUCAUGGCCCUCCUCCCCCCCGGCGGCGGCGGCGACGGCCGGAGUCAGGCUGGGGGCGACCUGGCGGCGGUUUUACCUCCAUUUUGAGACCGGACUCGCCUCUUCCAACUCGAGUUCAAUAUGGGACCGAGAGGAAGAG